GUCCAGCAGCGACCGUUCCCUGCUCUCUCUGACUCUCCUCUCCUCCGUCUCUCCGUCUGUCUGUCUGUCUGUGGAUCUCUGAGCGACAGCCAUCAUGUUCGUUGCUCCACCUGGCUAUCAGCCCGUCUACAACCCUAGUAUCCCCUAUGUGGGGCCGAUCUACGGCGGGCUGAGAUCAGGGAUGUCUGUUUACAUCCAGGGAGUCAUCCCUCACGAGAUCACCAGGUUCAACAUGAACUUGCAGUGUGGAGAAUCUGAGAGCAGUGAUAUCGGCUUUCACUUCAGCCCUCGCUUCGACAACUGGGACAAGGUGGUGUUCAACAGCUGCCAGGAGGGGGAAUGGGGUUCAGAGGAGGAGAUCCACAACAUGCCUUUUAGCAAGGGAGAUGCCUUCGAGAUGGUUAUCAUCAUUAACCAGGAGGGUUACCAGGUGAUAGUGAACGGGCGAGACUUUCACAUGUUCAACCACCGUAUUCCAGUCGACAGAGUCAACGCCCUGCAGAUCGGCGGCGACGCUUCCAUCCAGACCGUCAACGUCAUCGGGGGAGGAAAUCCUGCAGGUGAUCAAAUUGGGGGAAACCUGCCGGUCAUGUGUGGACAGCCAAUAUUCAACCCUCCUGUCCCGUAUACCAUCGUGAUUCCAGGAGGGAUGUCUCCGAAGAAGACUAUCGCCAUCAGAGGCAUGGUGCCUCUAGGAGCUAACAGGUUCUCGAUUAACUUCAAAGUGGGCAGCUCAGGGGACAUAGCGUUCCACCUAAACCCUCGUGUGCAGGAGAGAGAGCUGGUGAGAAACAGUUUUAUUGGUGGGAGCUGGGAGACGGAGGAGAGAGAGAUCAGCAUCAACCCCUUCCUGGAGGGACAGUACUUUGACAUGUCUAUCCGUUGUGGGAACCAACGGUUCAAGGUGUUUGUGAACGGGCAGCACAUGUGUGACUUCUUCCAUCGCUUCCAGAACUACAACCAGAUAGACACGGUGGAGCUGGAGGGAGACGUACAGAUCUCAUAUGUACACUUCUGAGAUAACACACACACACAAUACUACACACACACACAAUACUACACACACACA